ACGGGUGCAAAACAGGCCCCGAAUGUGAUAUUGUUUGUGGCGGACGACAUGGGUUGGGCAGACGUGGGCUAUCACUCCGACCACAUCCUCACACCUAAUAUCGAUAGUCUGGCCGCCGAUGGAGUCCUUCUCAACCACUUCUACGCCCAACCCGUUUGCAGCCCGAGUAGGGGUGCGCUCCUGACGGCUGUACAUCCCAUACACCUUGGCUUUCAAAACUCUAUCAUUUACAACAAAUCCCCGUAUGGUUUGCCACUGGAUCGCAAAAUAUGGCCCCAAUAUCUGAAACAACUGUACAAUUACUCCACACAUAUUGUCGGUAAAUGGCAUCAGGGCUUUGCGCGCAAAGAGUACACACCCACAUACCGGGGCUUUGACUCGCACGUGGGCUUCUGGACAAUGGGUGUCGGCUAUUAUAAUCACCGCAACUGCUUUACGGGCGACAAUUGCGGUCUGGAUUUUCGCCAUAAUAUGGAUAUCAUUACAAACGCGUCGGAUAUCUAUUCAACGCAUUAUUUCACCGAUCGAUGCCUUAAUAUCAUCGACCAACACAACACAUCCCAACCCCUAUUUUUAUACGUGCCUUAUCAGGCGGUUCAGGCAGCGGUAGUACCCAUAAGGGAUCGCUUGGAUCUAUUCCCACACAUCCGGUCACCCGAGCGGCGAGAGUUGGCCGCAAUUGCCUAUAGUAUGGACGAGUCUAUCGGCACUGUUAUGGAAGCACUUCAUAGCAAACGUAUGCUCGACAACAGUAUUGUUAUAUUCAUUAGCGAUAACGGCGGUCAUCCUUCCGAGAAUGGUCAUUUAGCACCAGGUCCUUCGAAGAAUCCCAAAGCAAAUGACGCACAGAAUCUACCCCUAAGGGGCGGAAAGUUCUUGCUUUACGAAGGAGGCAUACGAGUGCCGGCACUUGUGUGGAGUCCACUGCUUAACAAAAGCGGUUACGUAUCGCAGGCUUUGAUUCACAUCUCAGAUCUGUUGCCCACUGUUUUGGAUGCCAUCGUUGGCACAGGAAUUGAUGAUCAAGAUUAUAUUUAUGGUGUUUCCCAAUGGAAAGUGCUGUCAAAUAAUGAACGGCCGGUUCGGUGGGAAAUACAGCACAAUGUGGACCCCAUAUCCAAUUCAUCGGCCAUACGAUGGUAUGACUGGAAACUAAUCCAAACGCGUAAACACAUCGGACCCUCGUUUGCCGAUUACAUGCCCUCUCCCAUAGAUAUUGGCCCCCAUUUGCGGACAAACAUUCAAAACAACGAUCGCUUGAAUAGCAAAACGUAUCGCAUUUUAAGGCAAAUGAAUCGCCGACCGGACUAUAAUGUGUUGACC